GUGUGGCCUCAUGCCAAGCCCUUAUGUGUUUAUAUACUGUAAACAGAGGAGCUGACUGUCCGAAGAGAGCAUCGCCAUCCACUCUGUCUGUCUCUGCCUCUUGCUGCCUUGCAUCUUAUCACCUCAGCCGGCUCUCUGCUGUCUCUCUCUGCUCACUCUGCUACCGCUCUCCUCAAGAAGCUUCUGAAAGGGGACCGUUUUCCACCAAGACGUCUGUAAAAACUUUUUAUUUUUUAAAAAGGGGCACUAGUCUCACCAACCUCUCCUCCGGGUGUUGAAACGAUGGCUGUACACGUGCUGCUCCUGACCGUGAUGUCUUUGUGGCUUCUGGCCGGAGACUUCCAAGCUGAGGCGACCUACUACCGUCACCACCGUGUCCACCACCGCGAACACUCAGCCAACAUGGAAAACCUCCUGCCCGAAGUCGUCCACUCGCCCCCCGGCGUCUCUCAUCCUGUUCCUGAAGUCAUCUACCCGUAUCCUGAAAUCACUCACUCUGCUCCAGAGAUCACCUACCCUGUACCUGAGAUCUUCUACCCAGCUCCAGAGGUCCCCCAGCCAGCCCCAGCAGACCUCCCCCAGGCUUCCCCCAGGGUGUUCUCCCCAGAGGUGUACCGCCCUGUCAACAUGAGCCGGGUCUUCUAUGGGAUCAUGUUUGACGCCGGUAGCACCGGCACCAGGAUACACAUCUACAAGUUUAUCCAGAAGGAUCCAGUUGAGUUGCCUGUUCUUGACAGUGAAAUGUAUCAUGCAGUGAAGCCCGGUCUGUCUGCUUACAAAGACAAGCCUGAGGAGGGUGGCGACACCAUCAGACAGCUGCUGAAGAUUGCCAAGAAGACGGUGCCAGAGGAGGAGUGGAAACAGACUCCUGUGGUUCUGAAAGCCACGGCCGGUCUCCGCCUCCUGCCCGUGGAGAAGGCCAACGCGCUGCUGGAUGAGGUUCGAGAUGUCUUUGAUUCGUCUCCAUUCUUCGUACCAAACAACAGCGUGUCCAUAAUGAAUGGAGCCAACGAAGGAGUGCUGGCCUGGGUGACUGUUAACUUCCUGACAGGACACCUGUAUGCCAAGAGCAGGAAGACAGUGGGCAUCUUGGACCUGGGAGGCGGCUCUACUCAGAUCACCUUCCUCCCCAAAUCCAAGAAAACAGUAGUCUCUGCUCCGUCCAGUUACAUAGCCAACAUUAACAUGUUCAACAGCACCUACCAGCUCUAUACCCACAGUUACCUUGGAAACGGACUCUAUGCUGCUAGACUGUCAACUCUUGGUGCUCUGGGAUCAGAUGGUCUAGACUGGAAGAUUUUCACAAGUUCCUGCCUUCCCAAGAAGUUCAGAGAGGACGUGACUUUCGGGGGCACCACGUACCAUGUCAGUGGUAUCCCAGAUGGCUACGCAGGUUACAAGCUGUGCUACUAUGAGGUGAUGAGGGUGAUCAAAGGCAACUUCCACCAGCCCUUAGAGGUGAAGGGCAGCAGUAUCUUCUACGCCUUCUCCUACUACUACGACAGGGCUGUGGAGUCUGGCCUCAUCGACGGCAAUCGAGGGGGUGUGGUCGAAGUCAGGGACUUCAAGAAGAGAGCCAAGGAAGUGUGCAACAAGAUGACCAAGUACCGGCCAAUCAGCCCCUUCCUCUGCAUGGACAUGACAUAUAUCACCUGCCUGCUGAAGGAGGGCUUUGGCUUCAAGGACAACACUGUGCUGCAGCUCACCAAGAAGGUGAACAACGUGGAGACCAGCUGGGCUUUGGGGGCCACGUUCGACCACUUCCACAACCUCAACAUCCACUAAGACCAGCAGCCACAGACCUGCUGCUGCAGCCACCCAGACGACAGCCUGUCCCUGUGGGGGCCAGGGUCUCUCGCCCUCCUCUCCCCCUCCUCUCUCCCUUAACUAGCCCCUCCCUCUGAGCCCCUUCCUGUUCUGCCUCCACCUUCCCGCUCCUCUCCUCAGCACCCUGCCAAGACUCCAACACCUGUUGACAGAGAAAUCACUAUAUUUUUAUAAGGAAGGUUGGCUUAUUCUACUGUAUGUUUAACCCAUAAUUAGUGAGUUGACUUUAUUUUUGUAAAGCAAAGUGUUUACAUUUUGGCUCCCUCGGAGGUGACUGAAGUGUUGUCUUGAUCGGCUGCUUUACUGUAGUUAGAUGCAACGCAACUUGUAAAGGUGCUUACUGUGGUCCUGGUGUGCACUGUGCAGUACAGUGAAAUAUUCAACAAGAGGGGUUGCAGGAAUGCAGCAUUCAGUUUGAGUGAACUGGAAAUAUUAUUCAUUCAUUAUUCGCUGUUUAUUUAAACACCCCAUCAUACUGUACAGAGAAGACUGGCAGUCCACAGAACAGAUUCAAUGAACGAGAAAGUACGGAAUUCUAAUUUCAAAAUACUUUCCCUUCAUACUUUGCACGUAACACUUUAAUUGCAGAUACUGUAGCAAUGAGUUUGUUUGUUGCUUUGAUGUGGUCUACCAGGUUGUACAUAUUCAAUGUCCUAAAGGAUGAGUUUAUUUACCGAGGGGAAAGCACAGGGAAGACCAUCUCACGUUUUCUCCGAGUUCAUUUAGCAUUUAAUAUGUGGAAACUGUUGUUUGAAUGUGAGGUUAUGCCUGUGUUUAAGAGCCCAGGCUUAGCAGGAAUGUGACUUUGAGUAGUGUAGUGAUGAGACGUGAGUGGGGUUUCCAUGGGGAAACUCUUGUAUUGUCUAACAGUGGAGCAGAAAACGUUAAGAUUGUUUCAAGCAAGAUUGUCCCCAUUCUAAGACUCAAAGUCAAGAUGAUAACCUAGCCUAUAACAGGGCAGUUUUCACUGUUUGUCAAAGAAGACAGGCAAAGGAUUCCACAACGACCGCCAAUAAACAGUUCGGAGCAAAUUCAGAAGCAUGUCAGUUAACGUACUUUUUUUGUGGGACAUAGCUCUUGGUUCAAGACAGAAAAUCCUCAACUGUCAAUUCAUUACUUUUUGUAAACUAUUUUUGUAUAAAUAUUUAAAUAUCUGAUGGUACAUGCUGACUUGUACAUGUAAACUUUUACAUUAGCCGCUUUUACAAUACACCAUGUUUAAUACCUGCUGCUGUAUAUAACACAAUGUAAACUUGUAUUACUGAAGUACUUUCCAGGCAGUACAUGCUUUGACUGGCUGAUUAUAACUGAUUAUAACUGAUUAUAACUGUAUGCUGCUGCGACACAUGCUAACAAAAAGCUUAUGAGGUAUUCUGGUUUAUGAAUGACAAAUGUAAAUGGCAGUAUGUUAUGAGAAUCUUGUGUAAGUGAAUUAAGUGCAUGUAUACAUUAUACAUGUUAGUUUGAAUAAAAGACUAAAAGUGUCA